ACCAUGAAGCUGAGCCUGUGUCUUAUCCUGAUCAUUCUGGUUGUUUGUUAUGAAGCUAAUGCUGGCCAGGUGUGUCGAGCUGUUGAGGGUGAAACCAUAAGCUUCUUACUAAACACUGAGGAAGAACUGAAGAAGGAACUUGAGGAAUACAAUGCACCUCCAGAGGCUGUUGAAGCAAAACUUAAAGUGAAGAGAUGUGUAAACCAGAUAAUAUAUGGAGACAGAUUUGCAAUGGGAAUAGAAUUGGUAAAAGUUUUUUUGAAGUGUGGUUUGCAAGCAUGGUUACAAAUGGAAUUUCCUGCAAAUGGUAGGAAGGUCUGUGAAGCUGUUAUGCAUGAAAGCAUGACCUUUAUACUAGAAAGUGAAGAACUGAAGAAGGAACUUGAGCCAUAUUAUGUGCCUCCAGAAGCUGUUGAAGCAAAACAGGAAGUGUAA